AUGUUGUUAUCGCGCCCUAUUCUGAUAAUAAAUAUUUUGUCCCUUGUCACGGCCAAAACAAUACCAAUAGAAGAAUACAAAAUUGGAUGGAUUUCAGCACUCCCGAUUGAAUUCGCAGCGGCACGAGCUGUCCUCGACGAGGAAUAUGAAGCACCAGAGCCUUAUACUCGUCUUCGAGACGACAAUGCCUACGUUUUCGGUCGAAUAGGAAGCCACAAUACCAUCAUUGCUUGCCUCCCAGCUGGCAGAUACGGAACCGCCUCGGCCGCAGCCGUUGCAAGUCAAAUGUAUAACACAUUCCCCGGUAUAAAACUUAGUCUCAUGGUUGGAGUCGGCGGCGGGGCACCGAGUGGAAGAAAUGAUAUUCGGGAAGACAGUGUCAGAGGGAAGAUUUAUCAAAACUGGGGCAUUGAACGGGCCGCCUUUAUCGGCCCUGAAAGGAUGGCGGAUGCUGUUCAGAGGAUUACGGAGAAAGACGAUAGAUUUUCCUAUCCGGGAAAAGGGCAAGAUAGGCUUUUUAGGCCCGAAUACGAGCAUAUCGAUGGCAAACUAGAUUGUGUAGACCAUUGCGAUUUCGGGAGUCUGGUUCAUCGAGACCUUAGAGCGCACGAAUAUCCGCUUAUCCAUUAUGGCAUAAUAGCAUCUGCAAAUCAGGUUAUGAAGCACGCAACUACCAGAGAUAGAAUUGCCAACGAAACCGGAGCAAUUUGUUUUGAAAUGGAAGCAGGAGGCCUGAUGAAUCUUUCCCCAACUCUAGUAGUUCGUGGGAUCUGUGACUAUUCGGACAGCCACAAAAAUAAAAUAUGGCAACCAUAUGCGGCCCUGACGGCAGCGGUCUAUGCUAAAGAGCUGCUCAAGGCAUUACACAGUCGGGCACUGCUAUCCACAGCCGAGUAUAGUCAGAGCAAGGAGGGUGAUAGGCUCGGAAUCAACUACUCCAUACCAUUUAAAAUCACCAUACCAAGGCUCAAAUCAUUCGUCGGAAGAAACGACACAAUUCUAGCUAUAUAUAACUACUACUCGAGCUGUAAAAUUCUGAACGGACAAUCCUCUACGCCUUGCCUGUUUGCUAUCACCGGCCUCGGAGGGGCCGGGAAAACACAAAUUGCAUUAGAAUACGCUUACCGAUAUAAAAAAGACUUCACAUCGAUCUUUUGGAUACAUGCUGAGAGUGAGGGUAGCAUCCAAAGAUCCAUCCUCACUGCCAUGCAACAAAUUGUUGAUGAACAAGCAAAAUACGCAUUUCCUGGAAGAAAUCCAAACUGUAGUCUAAUAAGCGAUGUUCUUAAGAUGCCACGGCUUAUAGAUGAAGACUGUAUUAUUCAAGCACCCAACAGCAAAGAUCAAGUUAAACUAAAGAAUGCCUUUAUCAGCUGGCUCGAAUCGCAUCCACACAACAGUCACGAAUGGCUUCUUGUUUUAGACAAUGCCGAUGACUUGGAGGCUGUGAACUUAGAGGAUUACUUACCGAAACUAGGAUGGGGCUCAAUCUUGAUCACAAGUCGUCGACAGGAAUUCGGGCCUGAAAUCGAGCAAGUGAACCUCCAAGGCCUCGAACCAAGAUUUGCAAGCCAGUUACUAUUACAAGUACUCGGUAUCGACAAAGUAAAUGAAGUUCUCGAAGCAGAUUCCAUAGCUCUCGUUGAGGAGUUAGGGCUAAUACCUCUUGCCAUCGCCCAGGCUGGAUACUUCAUAAGGAAAGAGAAGAUUCACAUCAAAGAAUACAUACGGUUCCAUUCGAAUUUAUUUAUGGAAGUCCACUCUCAAAAGCCGCGCGUAGGUUGGAACUACGGGAUUAGUACCGUGGCGACGACUUGGGAAGCGUCUUUCAGAGCCGUCGAAAAACAUGACAAAAAUGCUGCUCGCAUGCUAUUGGCAUGCUCUUUUCUCGACCCUUCCAGGAUCCAAGAAGUGAUAUUCUUAGAUCCUGCCCCGGAUAUCGAGACCAAACUACAAGUCAAAAGUAGAAUCAGGGUUUUGCAAUCGUAUUCACUAAUUCAGAGGCUAGACUCUGGUUCGUUCGCAAUCCAUCCCUUGGUCCACGCUUGGGCGAGAGGACGGCUCAGUGAGCCUGAACAUCUUCAAGUGAUAAUUCAAGCUAUGAAUAUUGUUGGGAACUUCGCCAGACGUGAAAUGUUGUUACCCGAAAACCAUAUGGCACAUUUCGCCCCCCACCUUGAGUAUCUCUCUCGCCAUUUAAAACUGAGGUUGACUCAAAUUUUUUCCCUACCCGAUCCAAUAACAGAGCCGCAAAAUCUCCUCAUUGAAAUUUUUUUGAGGACUAGAGAGGCCCUCCAACCGUACGGAAGAGUUAAAGAGGCUAAAUUUUGGCGACGACAAGCAGCCAGAGCGGCGUUAAUAUUGAUUUUACGGGACGGGAAUAUUUCGAGAUUUUUCGAUUUCGAGAACAGUGCAGACGUUUUCUCGCGACAAGGCCGGGUCCUGGAAGCAAAAGCUCGUUAUGGAAUCGCCACAUAUGGGUACAUCAUGACCGCAGCAUUGCAUAUAAGAAAGGGAUUUUCUUUUCUCUAUGAAGCGCUUAUUUGUUUCAAAUGCUCAACCAAGCUAUACAUACUACAGAUUCGUGAGAGGGUUUCGCUUCCGAUAUGUGUUACUGCCCUCAGAGUUGAUGAAGAUGAGGUGUUUGAUGCUGAACAGCUCGAAGGGGAGAUUCGCGAAAGCUCUAAUCGGGCCGCAAUGUUUCCAAGGGGGGCAGAUUCAUACCCGGAAGAAACCCUAUACCACAAAGCUAGCAGAUAUAUUUUUGGAGAUUUCGAUCUUAAGGGUCGAUUGGAAUCCGAUAUCAGUUCCUCUACCGAUGAUCUUGAAAGUUACUUGGAUUUCGCUGAGGGGGAGGGUUGGGAGACAAAGACAUUUAAAUUGAUAUCAAGCAUCUAUAUGCCCCGUUCUUUCCCAGAAAAAAAGGUCGGGUUGUUUGAACCUACAAGCCCUAAGCAGGGCAAGUAUUUUGAAGGCCACAGUUUCCAAAAAACAGUAGUUCAAAAGCAGUUGGUUAUUCCUGAUAAAUUCUGUUUAACAAGAUCCAACAUACUAAAACAUGUUUUUGCUUCCCUUUUAUCCUUCUUAUCCACGCUUGCAAGAUCCCUACCCGAGGCAAUAAUUAUUCACAUGGAUCUAUUCCGUGGGGGAGUAGGCGUAAGACGCUUAUUAACUAAAAUAUUCAUGUACUCGUUGGGCUUGUUCUUCUUAUCUUUAAAGAGAGUAAGUCCUACCGGCUAUGAUAUGCUCCUAAGAUGGGUAGCCAUCAAGGUUUACGUACCAUACUUAAAGUUAAAACUGUAUAUAUUAAAGAGGCGUUCGUCGAAACAAGCGCAGAAGGACUAA